AUGGCACCUAGAAAGCCCUACACUAAAGUCAUUGAUGGCGUACCCCGAGAUCCUAAUUACGACGCGGAAAUGUUCCGGUCAAGCAUGACUUUCCGGGCCGGAAGCGGGGACCUGGACCCGCACACCUACCCCAAGAGUGGCACGCACUUAUUACUGUACAUCGUGCAGUGCAUUCUCAACAAAGGCGAAGGUGCCCGCACGUACGAAGAAUUUGCCGAUAACAUGCGAAUGCUGGGAGGUAUGGACUUUGCAGACUGGCGACCAGCUCUUCCUCUGCGCCUCUUCUCGACCCACUUGCCGCCAAGAAGAAGCACCAUGAACGAGCAGGCGAAAUACGUCUACUUGGCUCGGAACCCGUGGGACGUUUGCGUUUCCCUAUUUCACAUGGUGACAGACUUUAGCACGUAUCGCUUUCAGGAUGGUACGUUCGACGACUUCUUCGACGAUUUUCUGGAGGGUGAUGGGGCUGGUCACUGA